AUGGAGAAGAAGCAUAACUGUCUGGGUCUCAGCUUUGAUUUGGCUUCAAUGGGAAGUUUUGGGGGUAGUUUUCGAGGUUUGUCUGGAUCGUCGGCCAAGGCCAGAUCAGUCCGAGCUCAAGGUUAUUCCGGAGAUAUUGAAGAUGUUUCACCAACCAAAAUCCAAGUGAAGUCAUCUGGAUCGGUAUUGCCAUAUGUCGGUGUUGCUUGUCUAGGAGCUAUCCUGUUUGGGUAUCAUCUAGGAGUUGUUAAUGGAGCUCUGGAGUACCUCUCUAAGGAUCUUGGGAUCACAGAGAAUACUGUGUUACAAGGCUGGGUUGUUAGCACACUUCUCGCUGGGGCUACCGUUGGUUCAUUUACUGGGGGUUCAUUGGCUGAUAAAUUCGGGCGGACAAAGACUUUUGUGUUGGAUGCAAUUCCACUAGCAAUUGGAGCGUUUCUUUGUGCCACAGCUCAAAGCAUAGAAACAAUGAUAGUUGGACGGUUACUGGCUGGUAUCGGGAUUGGCAUCUCCUCUGCUAUUGUGCCACUUUACAUAUCUGAGAUUUCACCUACUGAAAUUCGUGGCACACUUGGAUCUGUCAACCAGCUAUUCAUAUGUAUUGGAAUCCUUGCAGCAUUAGUUGCUGGUUUGCCUUUGGCAGGGAAUCCAUUGUGGUGGAGGACAAUGUUUGGUGUUGCAGUUAUUCCAUCGGUGUUACUGGCACUUGGAAUGGCAUUUUCUCCUGAAAGUCCACGCUGGCUUUAUCAGCAAGGAAGAAUAUCUGAAGCUGAAGUAUCAAUUAAAAGGCUAUUUGGAAAAGAAAGAGUUUCUGAGAUUAUGAGUGAUUUGGAUGCUGCAGCCCAAGGUUCUUCUGAACCAGAAGUUGGGUGGUUUGAUCUUUUCAGCAGCCGCUACUGGAAAGUUGUCAGUGUAGGUGCAGCUCUCUUCUUGUUUCAGCAGCUUGCUGGUAUAAAUGCUGUUGUGUACUAUUCGACCUCCGUUUUCCGAAGUGCUGGAAUUACAUCUGAUGUUGCUGCCAGUGCUCUGGUUGGGGCAUCAAAUGUUUUUGGAACAACUAUUGCAUCCUCAUUGAUGGAUAAACGAGGACGGAAAAGUCUUCUGCUCACAAGCUUUGCUGGAAUGGCUGCAUCUAUGCUGCUGCUCUCUUUGAGUUUUACUUGGAAGGUCUUGGCACCAUAUUCAGGCACCCUUGCUGUUCUUGGGACUGUUCUCUACGUACUAUCGUUUUCUCUUGGCGCUGGUCCUGUGCCUGCGCUUCUACUUCCAGAGAUUUUUGCCUCUAGAAUCAGAGCAAAAGCAGUGGCCUUAUCUUUAGGCAUGCAUUGGAUAUCCAACUUCGUCAUUGGUCUUUACUUUUUGAGUGUCGUAAAUAAGUUUGGCAUCAGUACAGUGUACCUGGGGUUUGCUUCUGUGUGUCUGCUGGCAGUUAUGUACAUAGCUGGUAACGUAGUUGAAACAAAGGGGCGAUCACUGGAGGAGAUUGAACGUGCUUUGAACCCAACUAUUUGA